AUGGCAUAUGACGGUCAGCAUGACGAGGGCCCAGGGAGCUGGGAAGACGUGGAGGUGAACAUCAUCCGUGAGGAACGCAAGGAAUUUCUCCAUGGGGUUCCUGUUCUCUUAGUUCUGCUUGCCUCGAUGACACUGUCAUGUGAAACUCGGAUGGUUGGCCUGACUUCUAUCGUUCUAACACUGAUCGGAGCAUCUCCAACAGCACUGAUGUCGUUCGACACACGCAGGGCUAAUAUAAUUAAGCAGGCAGGUCAUGCUCAAAUGUCUGGCGCCGUCCUUCGGAUCUUCAUUCACAUGUUGUGGAUUGUGUUCCACCCAGAGCAGGAGUUUAUGAAGCUCGUCUGUUUAUUUGCUUUUCCAGUGUCGCUGGCGCGGCAGCGAGGCAGCCAGCUAGUAUAUGUGGCCUUUCUCGUUGCAAAUAAUUUGCUCGCGGUUUACCGCUUCGCUGGGAACUUGGAGGUUGGCCUUCCGAGUAUUGCGGUGGGGUUCGUGAUCAGCUUGGUCAGCAUGGAUUUUGUCUCCCAGAAACAGCGCGGAUUUGAGAUGAGGUUGGCGUUGAGCGCUACGAUGAGGCACAUGGCCGUUCUUUCCAGGGCGACGGCCAGGAGUUUGCUCGACUGCUUCUGUGAUGCUGUGGUUGCACUGGGGCCUGACCUCACUCUGUUAGAGCCGUCGCCAGACCUGACUUCCCUUCUUGACCGAAAAGCCGACGAAGGGAAGAGCUUCGAAUCAUUUAUCCAGCUUGACGUAGCAGAUCACCGCGACCGAGUCGCGUCAUUGCUGGAUGAAAGCAGCUGGCAGCCAGGAUCGGUACAAUUGCAGUCCAUACGAGUCAACUUGCAGGACAGCUACAACUUGCCUGUUCAAGCUCAUCUGUUCCACGUGUCCCAUAAAUGUCCGAAUCAGGGUACGGUGCUCUACGUCGGUAUCUCGGAAAGUUGGCAGCCUCCUGACGAACCCAAGAAACAAUCAAAGAGUAAGAGGUUACAUCGCAGCAGAGGCCCAAACCAGUUGUGCAUGGAAACUGGUAAAAUAAUUCCUGCGGGAGCAGUGUUUCCCACACGACAUGGCAAGGGAGUGCACUUCGAGCGAACUUUUGUAGACCAUCUGAUAGGGCCAUACAAACGUAGGUCCGACUCCUCUCGUCCCAACAGGGAAUAUUGA